AUGCUAGCAGACAAAGAAGACCACCCAGCCAACACUGGCUCGUUUAAGGAUAAGGACAAUGAACAGGAAGACGACAUGAACAGUGAUUUGAACAGUGACGUGAACAGUGACCUAGGGUUUGACUCGCCGGACCGACCUGCCAGGUUCGUCAACCACUCCGACCGCAGGGUCGGCGCCCGAGGCAAGGCCAGGCUCGGGGGAGGCCCGUUGCCGCACCAAACCGCAGUGCACGAGGGCCGGGGAGGGUGGGAGGCGCGGGGAGGAGGCGGGGGAGGGGGCAGCGGUGUGCUUGGCAGCAGAAGCUGCAGGAAUGAGAGUGAUGCAGAUCUAAGUAUUGGCUUCUCUUCUUCUGGUACUGGUGUUGCUAUGUUAGCAGGGUUUCAGCUGAAGGGUGUUCCUAAGGAGCAGAUUGGGUUGCUCCUGGAGCAGCAGGCAGAGAGAAGGCUUGCUAGGGCUAAGGAUGGUGGUGGGAGUGGCGCUGCUGCUGCUGUUGGUGCUGCUGCUGCAGGUGCAUCUGGUGCUGUGGCUGGUGGUGGUGGCGGUGGUGUGCGGAAGGGGAGGAUGGGUGGAAGCGCUGGGGAAAACGAUAUGCAAGGCAGUCGACCAGGAGGGGGGAUAGGGCCCUUGCAAGGGCACGCAAUAGGUGUAAGCAGCUUGAAGGACCACCACAGAGGGACGUACCCCAGCCUUCGCCCCACAGACUACAUAUUUGAGAAGCCGUAUGAGGAUUUGAGAACGCGGUAUAUUCUGCACAACAAGAAGCUGGGCAGCGGGCAGUACGGGGUGAUCCGGCGGUGUCUGGAGAUCAGCAGCGGCAUGCAGCUGGCGUGUAAGACGGUCAAGAAGGCUGAGAUCAAGUCGCACGAGGAGGCUCAGGAUUUGAGGAAGGAGGUGGCCACUCUCUCCAUGCUGCAGGGCCACCCCUUCAUCGUUCGGCUGCAUGACACAGUAGAAGACAGGAAGGGCCAUCCAUUCAUAGCUUGGCUGCACGGCACAGUGGACGAUGGAACUAUGUCUGGAUUUGAGUCGACUCCCGCAUCCACGCCCCUCCCCACAACAACACGUGCACAUGGUGAUGGAGCUGUGCACAGCAGCGGGCGCCAGGCUGUGUGCGCAGCUGGUGGCGGCACUGCUGCACUGCCACCGCCAUCGCUAACAACGUCCCUCCUCCUCUUCCCUCCCCUUCCCCUCACCAAUCAGCACGUGCACAUGGUGAUGGAGCUGUGCACGGGAGGAGACUUGUUUGAUCGAGUGGCAAAAGACGGCCCCUACAGCGCUGCAGCGGGGGCACGGCUGUGUGCACAGCUGGUGGCGGUGCUGCUGCACUGCUACUGCCAACUAUGUCCCCAUUCUCCUCCCCUCCCAUUCCUCUCUCCCCCCCCACAACAGCACGUGCACAUGGUGAUGGAGCUGUGUACAGGAGGAGACCACUUCGAUCGAGUGACAAAAGACGGCCCCUACAGUGCAGCAGCGGGGGCGAGGCUGUGUGCGCAGCUGCUGGCGGCACUGCUGCACUGCCACCAAUGUUCCCCCCUUUCUCUCCCCCCACUUACCAAACAGCACGUGCACAUGGUGAUGGAGCUGUGUACCGGAGGGGACUUAUUUGAUCGAGUGGCAAAAGACGGCCCCUACAGCGCAGCAGCGGGGGCACGGCUGUGUGCACAGCUGGUGGCGGUGCUGCUGCACUGCUACUGCCAACUAUGUCCCCAUUCUCCUCCCCUCCCAUUCCUCUCUCCCCCCCCACAACAGCACGUGCACAUGGUGAUGGAGCUGUGUACAGGAGGAGACCACUUCGAUCGAGUGACAAAAGACGGCCCCUACAGUGCAGCAGCGGGGGCGAGGCUGUGUGCGCAGCUGCUGGCGGCACUGCUGCACUGCCACCAAUGUUCCCCCCUUUCUCUCCCCCCACUUACCAAACAGCACGUGCACAUGGUGAUGGAGCUGUGUACCGGAGGGGACUUAUUUGAUCGAGUGGCAAAAGACGGCCCCUACAGCGCAGCAGCGGGGGCACGGCUGUGUGCGCAGCUGGUGGCGGCGCUGCUGCACUGCCACCGCCACGGCAUCGUGCACCGCGACGUGAAGCCCGAAAACAUCCUCCUUACAAGCAGGCAGCUUAACAGCGACAUCAAGCUCGUGGACUUUGGAAUUGCUACCUUCUUCCAGGAAGGAGAGAGGUUGAAGGAGCUGAUGGGAACGCCGCAGUACAUGGCACCGGAGCUCAUCCAGGGGGAGUACGGCCCCGAGGUGGACGUGUGGAGCGCCGGAGUUGUCAUGUACAUUGCCAUGUGUGGCGUGCCGCCCUUCUGGGCUUCGUCCAAUCGCUCGCUUGCGGAGGCGAUUCGAGGGAAGGAGGUCAGCUUUAAGAGCGCCAAGUGGGCUGGCGUGCCGGAGGAGUGCAAGGAUUUGAUUGGCCGGAUGCUGGAUAAGGACCCGAAGCGGCGAAUAACGGCUUUAGAGAUACUUGGACAUCCAUGGAUACAUGCCAUCAGCUACUCGGCGGAGCGCGUGGUGGGGAACGGUUCGUUUGGAGUUGUAUUCCAGGCGUCCUGUUUGGAGACGGGCGAAACGGUGGCGAUAAAGAAGGUGUUACAGGACAAGCGUUACAAGAACCGCGAGCUGCAGAUCAUGCGGCUACUGGAGCACCCGAACGUGGUGGCGCUGCGGCACUGCUUCUUCUCGACGACGGACAAGGACGAGCUGUAUCUGAACCUGGUGCUCGAGUUCGUGCCCGAGACCGUCUACCGCAUCACCAAGCACUACACCAAGAUGAACCAGCGCAUGCCGCUGCUCUACGUCAAGCUCUACACCUACCAGAUUUGUCGAGCGCUGGCGUACAUUCACAACGGCAUCGGCGUGUGUCAUCGCGAUAUCAAGCCGCAAAACCUUCUCGUCAAUCCGCACACGCAUCAACUCAAGCUGUGCGAUUUCGGAAGCGCAAAAGUCCUGGUGAAGGGCGAACCCAACAUCUCGUACAUCUGCUCGCGCUACUACCGCGCGCCAGAGCUCAUCUUUGGGGCCACGGAGUACACCACAGCCAUUGACAUCUGGUCCGCUGGCUGUGUCAUGGCGGAGCUGCUGCUGGGGCAGCCGCUGUUCCCGGGCGAGAGCGGGGUGGAUCAGCUGGUGGAAAUUAUUAAGGUCCUGGGAACGCCCACAAGGGAGGAGAUCAAGUGCAUGAACCCCAACUACACGGAGUUCAAGUUCCCGCAGAUCAAGGCGCACCCCUGGCACAAGGUCUUCUCUAAGCGGGUGCCGGCAGAGGCAGUGGACCUCGUCUCACGGCUGCUGCAGUACUCCCCGAACCUACGCUGCACCGCUGCGGAGGCGUUGGUGCAUCCCUUCUUUGACGAAAUCAAGGACCCCAACACCAGGCUGCCUAAUGGCAAGCCGCUGCCUCCCCUCUUCAACUUCAAGAAAGAGGAGUUCAAGGGAGUGCCCAUCGAGCUGGUGCGUCGGAUUGUGCCCGAGCACACAAGGCGUCAGAACGGCCACCUUCUCGUGUAG